AUGAAGGUCACCGUUCUGGUGCUCUCGAUAGCACUUUUCUCUGAAAGCACUCUCGCCGUCUGGGGCUUGAGCAAGCACCUCUACAAUAAAUGGCAUGAAACUGAACUUGAGCGAUGGCUCUCUGACCACAAUGUCCCAUAUCCCACCCCGGCUGACCGUAAAGACCUCGAAAACUUGGUCAAGGAAAACUGGGAGGGAUACGUCGUCACACCAUAUGACCGUUGGGACACUCAACAACAAAUUGAAUGGCUCAAGCAAAAAGGUGUCGAGGUCAACCAAAAGGAAGCUGAAAACGCGGACUGGUUGAAGAAGCAGAUUCAGGCCAAGUGGUAUGAAACUGAAGCUACCGCCGAAGAUAGCUAUGGAGACGUCAAGUCUUGGUUGUUUGAAACCUGGACCGACUCCCAACUCAAGUCGUUCCUCGAUUAUCAUCACAUCCCAAGCCCUAAGCCACGAACUCGUGAUAGCCUCUUGUCUACUGCUCGCGCCAACUACGCUACUAUCGCCCAAAAGGCCGAUGAAACUGCCGCCUACCCUGGCGACUGGGUCUUUUCACAAUGGUCUGAUAGUGACUUGAAGAAAUGGCUUGAUGAGCAUGGUUACCAUGUCUACCAAGGUAGCAAACGUAAUGAACUUAUUGCUGCCGUUCGUCGUAGCUCCCGUCAAGCUAGCUUGAAGACCACCGACAUCAAGGACACUGUCGCCCAGAGUAUAUUCAAUUCCUGGUCCGAAAGUGAACUUAAGGAAUGGCUCGACAAGAACAACAUUAAGGCUCCACAAAAUGGUAAGCGUGAUGAGCUAGUCGCCCUCGCUCGUCGAAAUGUUGCCAGUCUUACUGGUGAUACUUUCUCUGCUUCGGUUACUUCUGCCUAUAAGGCUUAUGGUUCUGCUACCGGAUCCUUGGGAGCUCGUGUCACCGCGGCUACUGAUGCCGCCGCCGCUUCCGCAAAGUCCGUUGCAAAUGCUGCUACCAGCGUUGUUGCCGAUUAUACUGCCUCAGCUACUGAUGCCGCUUAUGACUACGCCAUUGGAGCCCGUGACAACAUCUACGACGGUGUUACUGGCACAUACCACAGCGCUGCUGAUAAGGUUCUCGAGUCUUGGUCUGAUAGCCGACUCAAGGCUUAUCUUGAUGCCCGUGGUGUCCCUGUUCCACAGACCGGUAAGAGAGACGAAUUGGUUGCUCUUGCCCGCCUGCACAAAUAUAAGGCUGCUCGUGGUUAUAAUGCGUGGACUUUUGAUACAUGGACCGUUGACAACUUGAAGACAUGGCUCCAAGGCCAAGGACAGGCAGUUUCUGAAGGAGCUACCAACUCUCGUGACGAACUCGUUGCCUCUGCCCAAGCUGCCUAUGCCUCUGCCUCUUCUGCCGGUGGAGACGCCUACGCUACUGUUACUUCCGCUCUCGCCCAAGCAACCGACUACGUCAAGGACAAUACCUUCGAAACCUGGUCUGACAGUGAAUUGAAGGCUUACCUCGAUUCCUAUGGUGUUCGUACUUACCAGGGUUCUAACAAGAAUGAACUUAUCGCCCGAGCCCGCCGAUGCCGAAAGAUCUUUGAAGGUGGAUGGAGAGAGGAGACCGCCUUCGAGAAGUUCCAGAGGCUUGGAUGGAAUACCUGGGGUAAUGCUAUGUAUUAUCUUGGAGUUGGAAAGGGAAAGGCCGAUGUCUACGCUAACGAGGCCGCUGGAGCUGCAAAGAAGGCAGCUAGUGCCGUUAAGGAAGAGUUGUAA